AUGGCCCACCAAUCAUUCAGAUGCUCAGCUACAGAUUUCUCUUCGCAACCAGCAACAGUCGCCACUGCUUCGAUUGCCCGCAGAGCUGCGCAAUCAGAUCUAUGA